AUGGCUGAAGCCACCAGCAUGAGAAGCAGCAGUGGAGGUUUAGGCAGCGGAGGGGCUGGGGGAGUGCGUGCCUCCCAGGAGCCCACUCUCAAAGCCGGGGUGGUUUUGUCAGAUGAGAGAGUGGACUUCCUCCGGGAGCAGGCCUUCUAUGUGCUGAGAGUGAAGACAGAUAAGUGGAACCGCUUCAUUGGUGCUGAUGAGAACCAGAAGAUUAUACUGGAUUUUCUGGACCACAUCUGGACUAACAGGCUGCUGCUUUUCACCGGACCUGGAGGGACACUGCAUGCAGGGGAUGCUCAAACGUCCCCGCCAUGGAAGACCAAGCUGCUGUGUGUCCUAAAGAAGGGCGUGAAGAGAAUUUCCCGAGAAGGAUUCAGACACCAGUUCAGGCUGGGAGAAGUACCUGGAUACCCAAUGGAGCACCUGCCUGUUGUCAUAUCUGAGCUACCUUAUGAACACCUCUUCAUACAGGUGCUGGUGUGUGUGCUAUCCAACGGUCUCAACCACGAGUCCUGGCCGAGGGUGGUGUCUGAUGACAUCCACAGGCACCUGGAGAAGCUGAGGAGCAAGGUGGUCACUCUGAGAGGCCGAGCCGAGGGGCGAACACUGCUGCCCCUACCCCUGUACGUGGAGAGGGCACGACCUCAGGACAUUGUGCUAAGCCACACUGGAUGGCCACUGGACCGUGGCUUGUUAUACUCUAUAGAAACUCUGAUUGUGCAGUGGUCCGGACAGAUAUGGAGUGUGCUGAAGAAAGACUCUGGUAUGAUGCUGCUUCAGGGAAACCACCCAGGCCCCAGCGUGGAGCUUCAGUUCUGGGCAGCUCAAAGGGAAAACCUGCUGGGCAUCCAGUCACAAAUCCGCAGCUCCAAAGUGGAGCAGAUCGUGGAGAUCCUGAGAAGAGUCAAGAGCAGUUACUACUCCGCCUUCAAGGACGUCUGCGUCAAAGUCAAUGAGGCCGUGCUGGAAGCAGAAGACAUAGAUCUGUAUCUACGCCCUCUAAGGAGACUGAUUACAAACUUGGAGGAGAAGAGUUUUCCACAGGUGGAUGCGCUAUUACCUCCUCUUUUUCACACGCUCUGCCUCAUCUGGAGUCAUUCCCAGUAUUACUGCACUCCUCAGCGAAUGGUGGUGCUUCUGCAGGAGUUCUGCAACCUGAUCAUUGAAAAGGCCUUUGCCUAUUUAAUCCCUGAAGAAUUGUUUAAGAUGGAGCUUGAGGAAGGGAUGGAGAGAGUACAGAUAAGCAUCUCAGUUCUGCGCACCUUCAAGAAAUUGUUUCACACUUACCGCGAGCAGAUCCCGAAGUAUUACAAACACUCACAGAGCAUCAAGCUCUGGGACUUUCCAGCGAAACUUGUGUUUCAACGCUCAGAUUGCAUCAUGGAAAGGCUUCUUAUGAUCGAGGAACUUUUUGCAACAGCACUGGACUUUCUGAAGCUGGAGAAAAUUGAAUUAGGUGGAUCCAGAGGGAAAAUCUUAAGUGAGAUGGUCUUCAGCAUGAGUGAGGAGUUUCAUGACCGCUGGCGGACCCUUAGAGAGAGCAAAUAUGACCCCUUGGACUGCACUAAUGACGAUUUUGUGAACCACUAUAGGCGUUUCUUGGAGCAGAACAAAGAUUUUGACCAAAGGCUGGGAACUGUCCUCAAUUUGGCCUUUCAGCACUCCAAAAACCUGAAGUCAGCCUUUAAGCUGCAGUCAGGUUUUGCGAUCCUGGGAAAGAAUAUGCCUCAAGUGGCCGGUAACCUCAAAUGGUCGCAGGAGCUCCGAAGCCGGAUUCUGACUCACAGGAGUAACCUCUGCCAGCUGCCCCACAUGCCCCUGGAUUGUGCAGAGGCACAAGAUGUCCUCCAGAGGUGUGAACGCGUUCUUGAGGUUUUGGACCAGCGUGAUGAGGAGAUGUUCUUAGAGUGGACCGAGGGGCUUGAAGAAAUCUGUGAAACACACCUCAAGGAGCCACUGUUGGCACUGGAUAGUGAAACUGGCUUCUUCCAGGUCAACUUCAGUCCUGGUUUAGCAUCUGUGCUAAGAGAAGUGAAAUAUCUGGGCAUGCUGAAGACCCAAAACAUUCCCCAAGCAGCUCUUCAUCUCUAUUCUAAACGAGAGAGACUACACAUGUACACACAAACACUGACUUUGGUGACCCAGUGGUACAACCAGCUCCACAGCACCAUCCUAGCUGUAGAGCUGGGACUGGUCAAAGAUGAGAUGGAUGGGAUGAGACGACAGCUGAAUCCAGCCCUCCGGGAAGUGACAUGGGCUCAGGAUGACCUAUGGGACUACAUUCAGAGUACACGAGACCUGGCACAGAGCAUUUCUAGUCGUGUCCAGAAGAGCAAAGCUAAUGUGGAAGCAAUCCAGGCCUUGAUGGGUAAAUUCAGCAGCCGGGCUUUCAUUACCAGAAAGAGUCGUGAUUCUACUCUCCUCGUUUUCGCUGACAUUGAAGAGAGUGUUUCCAAACAGCAUGCUCUCAUUACUAGUACAGGGGAGCAGAUACACAAACUACUGCAGGAGAACCAGUCUCUCCUCAGUGUGACGGAUCUUGACAGCAGUGAGUGGCAUGCCUAUACUGAGUAUGUUGACAGGAUGAUCCUGGCAGGCUUCACCAGCGCAGUACGCUGCUCUCUGCAGUACCUCAUGGACAAUACAGAUGCAGCUCAGCGUAUUACACCUCUGUUUGAAGUCCAGUUGGUUCUCAACAGCAAUGAGAUGACCUUUGACCCUUCAUUAGACUUGAGCCACACUGGUAACUUCUAUGAUAUUGUGGAUAAGAUGGUGGGCAACAUUACAAGCAUGGCUUCCCUCAUUCCUAGAGUGGCAAGUCACAAACAGCUGAGUAACUACCAGGGUGACAUUAAUGAAAUGGAGGAUUUGUCAGACAUGUGCCACAUAAUCCGCUCACGGGCACGUGCAUCUGUUGCUAAGGUCAGGGAGUACCAGGCAUCAUUUUCUAGCUACCGCUACCUCUGGACUGAUGACAGGUCUGAAUUUAUGAGACAGUUCCUACUUUAUGGACAUGCGUUAAGUACAGAGGAAGCUGAGCUGUAUGCCGACUACGAACUAAAGAAGAACCCACCCACCCUGGACAACUUUAAAGAACAAAUCAAUCUGUUUGAGUCACUGUAUGUGCGAGUGAGCAAAAUGGAGGACCGAAGGGUGUUUUGUGGUUGGCUACAGCUAGAUAUCAGACCCUUCAAGCACACACUGAUGAAUGUCAUUAAAAAGUGGAGCUGGAUGUUCAAAGAGCACCUUCUUAACCACGUGAACCAGAGUGUGAGGGAAUUGUCCCAGUUUGUCCAGGACACAGCAUGUGGCCUUUCCACCAAGGUGUCAGAUGGCGAUUAUGCAGGCCUUGUGAAAAUCAUGGGGCACCUCAUGGCCAUACGAGACAGACAGAUCAGCGACGAACAGCACUUCAAACCGCUCAAGUCUACCGCUGAACUUCUAAAGACCUACGGACAGCAGCUUCCAGAGAGUGUCUGCACACAGCUAGAAGAGCUGCCGGAAAAGUGGAAAAGUGUCCGAAAAAUUGCCUUCACGGUCAAACAUGAGGUGGCACCACUACAGUCAAAUGAGGUUUCAGUUAUCCGCAGGAAAUGUGUUCGGUUUGAGGUCAAACAGCAUGAGUUCAGAGAACAAUUUCGUUCAGAGUCAAUCUUUAAAAUCAGUGUGGAGGAGCCAUAUAAGCUUAUUGAUAAGUGUAAUCGAGGCGUAGCUACGAUGGAGAUGGAAAUGAAGAAGUUGCAGGACACAGCUGAUCUGUUUGAGGUCAGCUUCCCAGAAUACAAGCAGCUGCGGCAGUGUCGCUCUGACAUCAUACUUGUCAAAGCAGUAUGGGAUAUGGUCGUCUUUGUAAAGACCAGUAUAGAGGAUUGGACAAAGACUCCAUGGAAAGAGAUCAACGUUGAGCAGAUGGACAUGGAACUCCGGCGGUUUGCUAAAGAGAUGAAAAUGCUGGAUAAGGAGGUGCGUGUGUGGGAUGUCUAUAUGGGUCUGGAAUCAACAGUGAAAAACCUAUUGACCUCUCUGAGAGCUGUCAACGAGCUGCAAAACUCAGCUGUCAGGGAGAGACACUGGCAACAGCUUAUGAACACCACUGGGGUUAGGUUUGUGAUGGGUGAGGGCACCACCUUGGGGGACCUGCUGGAAUUGCAACUUCAUCGUGUGGAGGAUGAGGUUAAAAACAUAGUAGACAAGGCCGUGAAAGAAAUGGCCAUUGAGAAGGUUUUGGCAGAGAUAACCCAGACAUGGAGCAUUAUGUCGCUGUCCUAUGAGACUCAUGCCAGCACAGGAACCCCUCUGCUCAAAGCAGAUGAGAAUCUGAUAGAGACGCUGGAGGACAACCAGGUGCAGCUGCAGAAUAUCCUGAUGAGUAAGUACAUAGAGUAUUUCCAGGCAGAAGUAAGUGGAUGGCAGAGGAAGCUGAUGGUGGCAGACCUUGUCAUCUCAUCUUGGAUGUCUGUCCAGAGGACCUGGGCCCAUCUUAACAGCAUCUUCACCAACAGCCAUGACAUCCGCUGCCAGCUGGCCAAUGAUGCUGAACGCUUUCAGGGAAUACACACUGACUUUCAGAGUUUAAUGACUGAGGUGGUCCAGAACAGUAAUGUAGUAGAUGUGACCAACAAGCCUGGCUUCCUGGAGAGCCUUGAGACCUUACAGCAGAGGCUGUCUCUGUGUGAGAAGGCCCUUGCUGAGUACCUGGAGACCAAGAGACUGACAUUCCCCAGAUUUUAUUUUGUCUCUGCCUCCGAUCUACUGGAGAUUGUGUCUAAGGGAACACAGCCCAGACAGGUGACCCGACACUUGCUGAAGCUGUUUGACAAUAUAGCAGAUCUUCGCUUCAAGGACUCAGACCGGGCCGAAGGACGGGGGGAGGAGGGGGAGGCAGUUGCGAUAGGGAUGUACAGUCGAGAGGGAGAAUAUGUUUCGUUCUCUGAGCCCUGUGUCUGCGAAGGACAGGCAGAGUGUUGGUUAAGUGCUUUAGAAACCACCAUGCGCUGUACAGUUCGAAAGGAGAUACAGGAAGCUGUAGCUGCCUAUGAGGACAAACCCCGAGACCAGUGGCUGUUUGACUACCCUGCCCAGGUGGGGUUGACUGGUAGUCAGGUGUGGUGGGCGACAGAUGUGGGCAUUGCUUUUGAGAGGGUGGAGGAAGGAUUUGAGACAGCUCUCAAGGACUACAACAAGAAACAGAUCACACAGCUCAACUUGCUAAUCCACAUGCUGCUUGGCGAUUUAACCCCUGGAGACAGACAGAAAAUUAUGACUGUCUGCACUAUUGAUGUCCAUGCUCGAGAUGUGGUCGCCAAUCUCAUUACUCAAAAGGUGACAUCAGGACAAGCAUUUGCGUGGCUGUCCCAGUUACGGCAUCGCUGGGAUGAAGAAAUGAGACACUGUUACAUUAAUAUCUGUGACGCUCAGUUCCAGUUUAGCUAUGAAUACCUGGGGAAUACAAACAGACUGGUUAUCACUCCACUCACUGACAGGUGUUACAUAACCCUGACCCAGUCCCUCCAUCUGACUAUGAGUGGUGCUCCGUCAGGCCCAGCUGGCACUGGUAAAACAGAGACUACUAAGGACCUUGGACGCUCCCUGGGUAUCAUGGUAUAUGUGUUCAACUGCUCUGAACAGAUGGACUACAAGUCUAUAGGUAACAUCUAUAAGGGCCUGGCUCAGACAGGAGUGUGGGGUUGCUUUGAUGAAUUCAACCGGAUCUCGGUGGACGUUCUGUCUGUGGUAGCUGUGCAAGUCAAGACUAUACAGGAUGCUGUACGCAACAAAAAACAGAGGUUUCAUUUUCUGGGGGAGGAGAUUGAGCUGAAGCCAACAGUAGGAAUCUUCAUCACUUUGAACCCAGGUUAUGCUGGAAGAGCAGAGCUCCCAGAGAACCUCAAGGCUCUAUUCAGGCCCUGUGCAAUGGUGAUCCCAGAUUUUGAACUGAUCUGUGAGAUCAUGUUGGUGGCCGAAGGAUUCAUAGAUGCACGGCUACUGGCACGCAAAUUCAUCAGUCUCUACACUCUUUGUAAAGAGCUGCUAUCCAAACAAGAUCAUUAUGAUUGGGGUUUGCGGGCUAUCAAAUCAGUGCUGGUUGUGGCUGGAUCUCUGAAGAGAGAGGAGCGUAGCAGACCUGAAGAACAGGUGUUGAUGCGGGCUCUUAGAGACUUCAACCUUCCUAAGAUCGUGACGAGUGAUGUUCCCAUCUUCCUUGGGUUGAUCAGUGACCUCUUUCCACAGCUGGAUGUGCCCAGGAAGAGAGACCCAAAGCUAGAAAAUGCUGUUCGCCAGUCAGUCAGUGAGCUGCGUCUGCAACCAGAGGAAAAUUUCAUACUUAAGGUGACCCAGCUGGAGGAGCUGCUGGCUGUUAGACAUUCUGUAUUUGUAGUUGGUGGCCCGGGUACUGGAAAAAGUCAGAUCUUGAAGACCCUUCAUAGGACUUAUGCAAACAUGAAGAUGAAGCCCUUAUGGAAUGAUAUUAACCCUAAAGCUGUUACCACAGAUGAGCUGUUUGGAUACCUGCACCCUGCUACCAGAGAGUGGAAGGAUGGUCUGUUCUCCUCUACCAUGAGAGAGCUGGCCUCGGUGGGCCAUGAUGGACCCAAAUGGAUUGUUCUGGAUGGGGAUAUUGACCCUAUGUGGAUCGAGUCACUCAACACAGUUAUGGAUGACAAUAAGGUUCUGACACUUGCCAGUAACGAGAGGAUCGGCUUGUCCUCGUCCAUGCGUCUUCUCUUUGAGAUCUCUCAUCUGAAGGCUGCUACUCCAGCUACAGUGUCAAGGGCAGGAAUACUCUAUGUCAACCCACAGGACUUGGGUUGGAGCUCUUAUGUGACAAGUUGGAUCGACACACGGCAAGCCCAGUCAGAGCGAGCCAACCUCACUAUUUUGUUUGAUAAGUACGUGCCAUACUGUCUGGAACAAGUUCGCUGCAACCUGAAAACCAUCACACCCAUUCCAGAAAACAGCAUGGUGCAGACAUUGUGCUCGUUGUUGGACUGCUUGCUGAUUGAGGACAACACUCCAGCCGAUUCUCCCAGAGAACUCUAUGAGAUCUACUUUGUCUUUGCCUGCGUCUGGGCUUUUGGAGGCGCUCUCUUUCAAGAUCAUCUCAAUGACUACCGUGCUGAAUUUAGCCGCUGGUGGUCCAAAGAGAUGAGAGCCGUAAAGUUUCCCUCACAAGGGACCGUCUUUGACUAUUUCAUUGACCCUGAGACUAAAAAGUUUACUCCGUGGAGUGAGAAGAUGGUGCCAUUUGAGCUGGAGCCUGAUAUUCCGUUACAGACGGUGCUUGUCCACACUCCAGAGACCAUCUGUCUCACCUACUUCAUGGACCUUCUGCUUCAGAGAGGCAAACCUAUCAUGUUAGUGGGCAAUGCAGGAGUGGGAAAAACUAUUCUGGUGUCUGAUAAAGUCGCUAAGCUGAAGGAGGAUUACAUAGUAGCAAAAGUUCCCUUCAACUACUACACUACAUCUGCCAUGCUGCAGCGCAUCUUGGAGAAACCUCUAGAGAAGAAAGCUGGUCGUAAAUUUGGCCCUCCCACCGCCAAGAGACUUAUCUACUUCAUAGAUGACCUCAACAUGCCUGAGGUGGAUGUUUAUGGGACUGUCCAGCCACACACCCUCAUCCGCCAGCACCUUGAUUACAGCCACUGGUAUGACAGACAGCGGCUGGUUUUGAAAGAAAUCCAUAACUGCCAGUAUAUCACCUGUAUGAACCCAACAGCUGGAAGCUUCUCUAUCAACCCCAGACUGCAGAGGCAUUUCUCAGUGUUUGCAGUGCAUUUCCCCAGUGCUGAUGCAUUAGCUACCAUCUUCUCCAGCAUCUUGUCAGCUCACUUUCUUCAGGGAGGGUUUAGCUACGGGGUCUCUCGCUCAGUUGGAACUCUCAUUCAGGCAGCUAUCUGCCUGCACCAGAAAAUUAGCCAGAACUUUCUUCCUACAGCCAUACGCUUCCACUAUAUCUUCAAUCUGCGAGACCUUUCCAACAUAUUUCAGGGCAUCCUGUUUGCCUUGCCAGAAAGCAUCCGUUACCCCAUGGACCUGGUCCACCUGUGGCUGCAUGAGAGCUCCAGGGUCUACUCAGACAAACUGAUGGAAGAAAAAGAUGUAGAACUCUUUGAUAAAAUCCUGUUGGACACUGGCAAGAGAUAUUUUGAAGGAAUAGAUGAGUCCAUCUUUAUCCACCAGCCUUUGGUGUACUGCCACUUUGCCCAGGGAGUGGGAGAGCCUCGCUAUCACCAGGCUUCAGACUGGGAGAAGCUCCAGAAGACAUUGGCUGAUGCUCUAGAGCACUAUAAUGAGUUGCACGCUGUCAUGGACUUGGUACUGUUUGAAGAAGCGAUCCAGCAUGUGUGUCGCAUCAGUCGUAUACUGGAGGCCCCCUAUGGUAAUGCCCUGCUGGUUGGAGUUGGUGGGAGUGGGAAGCAGAGCCUGUGUCGACUGGCUGCUUUCCUCAGCAUGCUGGAGGUUUUCCAGAUCACGCUGCGUAAAGGUUAUGGAAUCAAUGACCUCAAAAGUGACAUAGCUGCAUUGUAUAUAAAGGUGGGGGUGAAGAAUAUUGGGACAGUGUUUCUUCACACAGAUGCCCAGAUUCCAGAUGAGCGCUUCCUGGUGCUGAUCAACGACAUGCUGGCCUCAGGGGAUAUUCCUGACCUUUUUAGUGAUGAAGAAGCAGAUAUGAUUGUUUCAUCAAUCCGUAUGGAGCUGAGGGGAUUAGGACUCAUAGAUACCAGAGACAACUGCUGGAGCUUUUUCAUCGAAAGGAUACGAAGACAGCUCAAGGUCGUCUUAUGUUUCUCUCCAGUUGGAUUCACGUUAAGGACACGUGCACGGAAGUUUCCAGCCCUAGUAAACUGCACAGCCAUAAACUGGUUCCACUCUUGGCCUCAGCUUGCUCUGCAGUCCGUCAGCUCUACUUUCAUAGAGAAAAUACCUGGACUGGAGCCAAAUGUGAGAGCAUCUAUCAGUGAGUUCAUCUCCUACGCUCACACGAGUGUCAAUGAGGUGAGUGUCAAAUACCAGCAGAAUGAGAAGCACUUCAACUAUACCACGCCAAAGAGUUUCCUAGAGUUUAUGAAGUUGUACGACAACCUGUUGAGAAAGAAACGCACAGAGCUGACUCAGAAGAUGGAAAGAUUAGAGAAUGGACUUCAAAAACUGCUGACUACCGCGUCACAGGUGGAGGACCUCAAAGCCAAGUUAGCAGUGCAGGAGGUAGAGCUGUGGCAGAGAAACACAGAUAUCGAAGCCCUCAUUGCUAAAAUAGGACAACAGACAGACAAGCUCAACCAAGAGAGAGCUGUAGCUGAUGCUGAGGAGCAGAGGGUGGCAGCAAUCCAAGCUAAAGUGACCAAACAGCAACAGGAGACUGAAGAGGACUUGGCGAAGGCUGAACCUGCCCUACAGGCAGCCAACACAGCUCUCAAUACACUCAACAGAUUAAACCUGACAGAGCUGAGGACGUUUCCCAACCCUCCAGCCAUCGUCACCAACGUCUCAGCAGCUGUCCUAGUGCUUCUGGCUCCUCAAGGCCGAAUCCCCAAAGAUCGCAGCUGGAAAGCUUCCAAGGUGGUCAUGAGCAAGGUGGAUGACUUCCUGCAGGCUCUGGUAAACUUUGACAAAGAGAACAUCCCUGAGGCCACGGUGAGGUGUGUGAGAGAUGAGUACCUCAGUGACCCAGAGUUCAACCCUGACUUUGUAAAACAGAAAUCCUCUGCUGCUGCGGGCCUUUGUGCAUGGGUGAUCAACAUCAUCCGCUUCCAUGAGGUGCUCUGCGAGGUAGAGAUGAAGAGAAUGUGUCUGACUCAGGCUAACGCUGAUUUGGCUGAGGCUGCUGAGAAGCUAGACGCCCUGCGGAAAAAACUAGCUGAGCUGGAUAGCAGUCUGGAAACUCUGAAAAUAGCUUUUGAGAAGGCAACAUCGGAGAAACUUCGCUUUCAGGAAGAGGUCAACCGCACAAAUAAGACAAUAGAGCUAGCUAAUCGGCUGGUCAAAGGACUAGAGAGUGAGAACGUGCGCUGGGCUCACUCAGUGGCUCAGUACCAUGAGCAGGAGGAAACACUUUGUGGGGACGUCCUUCUAACCGCAGCCUUCAUCUCUUAUGCCGGAUCCUUCUCAAAGAAGUACAGGAAAGAGCUGCUGGACAACCUCUGGAUGCCGUUCCUACACAGCCAGAAGAUGUCCAUUCCCAUGACGGAGGGCUUAGAUCCAGUGUUGAUGUUGACUGAUGAUGCAAUGGUUGCCCAGUGGAACAAUGAAGGCUUACCAGGAGACAAAAUGUCUACCCAGAAUGCCACCAUACUUACUAACUGUGAGCGCUGGCCUCUCCUUAUCGACCCUCAGCUGCAGGGCAUCAAAUGGAUUAAGAGUCGCUAUGGUAACAGCCUCAAGGUUGUCAGUCUGGGGCAGAGAGGAUAUGUAGAUGUUAUUGAACAGGCUGUAGUGGCAGGGGACACUGUCCUCAUCGAGAACCUCGAGGAGACCAUUGACCCCGUUAUUGACCCACUUCUGGGUCGACACACAAUCAAGAAGGGCAGUUGUAUAAAGGUUGGAGACAAAGAGUGUUUCUUCCACCCAGCCUUCAGACUGAUUCUCCACACUAAGCUGGCUAGUCCUCACUAUAAGCCUGAGAUUCAAGCCCAGACCACCCUCAUUAAUUUCACAGUGACCAGAGAUGGAUUGGAGGACCAGCUCCUGGCCCAGGUGGUGAAUCAAGAGAGGCCAGACCUUGAGCAGCUUAAGAGUGAACUGACAAAGCAGCAGAACAUGUUUAAGAUUGAGCUGAAGCUUCUGGAGGACGAGCUGCUAACCCGGCUGUCUGCUGCAGAGAGUAACUUCCUUGGUGACAAUGUGCUGGUGGAGAAGCUUGAGACCACAAAGCACACUGCUGCUGAGAUUGAGAUGAAGGUUCUGGAAGCAAAAGUUAACGAAGUAAAGAUAAACGAGGCCAGAGAGCACUAUCGCCCUGUUGCUGUCAGAGCUUCUCUGCUCUACUUUAUCAUGAAUGAUCUUAACAAGAUCAACCCCAUGUACCAGUUCAGCCUCAAGGCCUUUAACGUUGUUUUCCACAAAGCAGUGGAGCUGGCAGAAGCCUGUGACGACGUAAAGAGCAGAGUAAACACUCUCAUAGACUGUGUUACAUACUCCACCUUCAACUACAUCAGCAGGGGACUAUUUGAGAGAGACAAGCUCACCUUUACGGCACAGCUGGCCUUCCAGUUGCUCCUGAUGAGUAAGGAGAUAGUUGUGAGAGAGUUGGACUUCUUGCUGCGUUUUAACAUUGACCACAGCUACAUCAGCCCCCUUGACUUUCUUUCCAACUCGGCCUGGAGCGCCAUCAAGGUUAUGAGUUUCACUGAUGAGUUUCGUGGUCUGGAUCGGGAUAUUGAAGGUUCACCCAAGCGCUGGAAGAAGCUGGUGGAGUCAGAGUGUCCUGAGAAGGAGAAGUUUCCUCAGGAGUGGAAGGGAAAAAGCUCACUGCAGAAACUGAUCAUGAUGAGAGCCCUGAGGCCUGACCGUAUGACCUAUGCUCUAAGGAACUUUGUUGAAGAGAAGCUCGGUGUGAAGUAUACAGAGGGACGAAAGACUGAAUUUGCAAAGUCCUUUAGAGAAAGUGGUCCUUCCUCCCCUAUUUUCUUCAUCCUCUCCCCAGGAGUGGACCCACUUAAAGAUGUCGAAUCGCUAGGAAGGAAGCUGGGUUUCACUAUUGACCUUGGGAAGCUUCACAAUGUCUCCCUGGGUCAAGGACAGGAAACUGUGGCUGAACUCGCCAUGGAAGAGGCCGCUAAGGAGGGUCACUGGGUUAUAUUGCAGAACAUCCAUCUGGUUGCUCGCUGGCUGGGUGCGCUUGAGAAGCUCCUGGAGCGCUGCUGUGAAGACAGCCAUCCAGACUACAGAGUGUUUAUGAGCGCUGAGCCGGCAUCUACGGCCCAAGAACACAUUAUCCCACAGGGAAUUCUGGAAAAUGCUAUAAAGAUCACCAAUGAACCUCCUACAGGCAUGCAUGCUAAUCUACAUGCUGCUCUGGAUAACUUUGACCAGGACAUCCUGGAUCAGUGCAGCCGUGAGCAGGAGUUUAAGACCAUCCUGUUUUCUCUCUGUUACUUUCACGCCUGUGUGGCGGAGAGGAGGAAGUUUGGGCCCCAGGGUUGGAACAGAAAGUAUCCAUUCAGCACUGGAGAUCUGACUAUAUCAGUUAAUGUCCUUUACAAUUACCUGGAGGCUAAUGCACAGGUGCCAUGGGAGGACCUGAGGUAUUUGUUUGGGGAAAUCAUGUAUGGAGGACACAUCACUGAUGACUGGGACAGACGCCUCUGCAGAACUUAUCUGGAAGAAUACAUGCAGCCCAACCAGUUUGACCGGAAGCUUGCAUUGGCACCGGGAUUUGUCAUUCCCUCCAACCUGGAUUAUCAGGGCUACCAUGAUUUCAUAGAUGAGAUGCUGCCCCAUGAGAGCCCAGUGCACUAUGGGUUGCAUCCCAAUGCAGAAAUUGAGUUCCUGACAGUGACAUCAGAUAACCUUUUUCACACUCUGCUGGAGCUGCAGUCCCCUGAUGUUGUGAUUGGAGAGGGAGCCUCACAAACACUAGAAGAGAAGGUGAAAUCAAUUUUAGAUGAAGUUCUGGAAAAGCUGCCAGAGGUGUACAACAUGACCGACAUCACUUCCAAGACAGCUGAACGAUCACCAUACAUCCUGGUGUGCUUCCAGGAAUGUGAGCGCAUGAACACACUCAUUUAUGAGAUACGCCGCUCGCUGAAGGAGCUUGACCUUGGACUCAAGGGUGAACUGGCCAUGUCCUCUGAGAUGGAGAAGCUACAGGCAGCCUUGUUCUUUGACAACGUCCCAGAUAGCUGGACCAAGCUUGCCUACCCCUCAACUUACAGCCUGGCAAUAUGGUAUAACGACGUGAUGCAGCGUUGCAAAGAACUUGAUAGCUGGACUCAGGACCUGUCUCUGCCCAGUGUUGUCUGGCUAUCUGGGCUGUUCAACCCACAGUCCUUCCUCACUGCUGUGAUGCAGUCUCUGGCACGUAAGAAUGAGUGGCCUCUUGAUAAAGUGAAUCUGACAGUGGAUGUGACCAAGAAGUUUAAAGAAGAGUUCAACCAACCGGCCAGGGAGGGUGCAUAUGUGUAUGGACUUUAUAUGGAAGGUGCAAGAUGGGACACUCAGACCGGAGUGAUAACUGAGGCUCGUUUAAAGGAACUGACCCCAACCAUGCCUGUUAUCUCAGUUCGAGCUGUACCCAGUGACCGUCAGGAAACCAGGAAUAUCUACGAGUGUCCCCUCUACAAGACCAAGAUCAGAGGACCCACGUAUGUUUGGACUUUCAGUCUAAAAACCAGGGAGCGACCUGCCAAAUGGGUCCUGGCCGGAGUGGCUCUUCUACUCAGUGUGUGAAAAGUGUAAGAGUUCGCAGUGAAGAUGCAGUGUGUCCUCAGUGCU